UUGAAGCUGAUACUUCUAGCUGAGCCACAAGUGCUGGUUGUAAAGGGCUUAGGUUGUUUCCAGGGGGAGAACUCUGCAGAGAAGAGACAAAGUUCAACAGGACAACAAAGAAGCAGCCGAAACAACCAGGAAAACGAAGAGCCCUCCGGUUCGAAAACAGAACCCCCUACCAGAGUUCUCUAAAGUAUUCUGCAAAGUGCUGUUUGACUGCAAGUUUUCACCUGACUUUUACUUUCUACGACCACCAUGACUGAGAUCACUGCUGAAGGAAAUGCAUCCACAACCACAACUGUGAUAGACAGCAAAAAUGGGUCUGUGCCCAAGUCCCCUGGAAAAGUGCUGAAGAGGACAGUCACAGAGGACAUUGUGACGACGUUCAGCUCCCCUGCAGCCUGGCUUCUGGUCAUUGCGUUGAUUAUCACGUGGUCAGCUGUUGCCGUUGUUAUGUUUGAUUUAGUGGAUUAUAAAAACUUUUCAGCAAGCUCUAUUGCCAAGAUUGGUUCAGAUCCUUUAAAGUUCGUGCAUGAUACAGUGGAGGAAACCACAGACUGGAUUUAUGGCUUCUUUUCUUUGUUGUCUGACAUCAUCUCAUCUGAAGGUGAUGAAGAAGAUGACGAUGGAGAUGAGGACAUUGAUAAAGGAGAAAUAGAGGAGCCUCCCUUGAUAAAAAAAGAAAUUCACAAAGAAAAGACUGAGAAGCUGGAGAAACCUGAGAAGAAAAUACAAACUAAAGUUACUCACAGAGAAAAAGAUAAAGACAGAGACAAAGACAAAGUAAAAGAAAAAGAAAAACCUGAAAAAAAAGUAACCCACAAGGAAAAAAUUGAGAAAAAAGGAAAACCAGAAACAAAGACAGUAGUAAAAGAAGAGAAGAGAGCUAAGACUAAAGAAAAGACUGAAGAAAAGACUAAAAAGGAAGUAAAAGGUGGGAAACAAGAGAAAGUGAAGCAAACAGCUGCAAAAGUAAAAGAAGUGCAAAAACCACCACCGAAACCCAAAGAGAAGGAAGACAAAGAGACUGUUGCUGUGUCAAAGCAUGAACAGAAAGGUAAACAUUCAGAGGAGGAGGCGGCUGGAGGCUCUAAGAGAAUAUUGGGCAAGAAGCAGAUGCAAUGAAAUUAAAAGCUAACAAGGACCAAACUCAGACUUCAAGUGGGGUAGAAGACUUACAUAAGUAAACACACCUGAAAAGAAAUACAAUAACUUGGGAAUUAAUACUCAUCUAUAGAAAUACUAAAACAUGUUCACUUAUCUAAAGAUGCAUUUUAAAGAUUUUUCUUAAAAAGGUGUUGAAUUAGCAUCUGAAGUUAUUAAAGGUUGGAGAUAAUGUCAAAUUCCUGGGAGAUGCGAUUUUUGUUCAGAGGUGCAAUAGAGAUUGUAUGUAUUAUUCUCUUUGGAGAAAAAGCAGUCAAGAAAUAAGUGACGAUUCUCAAGGAGUUUGUUAAGAGUGUAUGUUCAAUCCAUAGAAUAAAUAAUAUAAAAAUAAUCCAUACAUUCCUGAUGCUCUGCAACAGCACAUCACUUAGAAUAUACAUCAUUAAAUGUAUUUAAUUGAAUAGGCAAGAAGUUAUAGAGAAAAUACCCUUCAAGUUUCUUUUGCCAGUUUCCACUGACAAGAUGUCAGAAAACUCUGAAGUCUGCAUAUUGUGCUACUGUUCAAUUAGAAUGACGUCAAACCUUUAUCCCACUUCACAGAAUUUUACCAUUUAAAUGGGAGUAGAAUCUAUACUUGAUAUUCUUUAUGAAAGGGUGCUAGGUAAAUCUAAAAGGGUAGAGUUUUAAGAGGGCAAUUAAAGGACUUACGGUAUCCAUCUCUGACCUUUGUGGCAUCUUCUCUUUCCUAAGUCUGUUUCUGAGUCCAUGUCACUAAAAAGUUGUUAGAAUCCCACUGUAGAAUGUGGAGAAACUAUUCCUAUGAAUGAUAUUUCUUGGGAGUGUUGCAAAAAAUACAAUUUUCUUUACUGUGAUAGCACUUUUGAAUAAUUUCAACUGAGAACUAAAAUCAAGAAAUUAUUUUCUAU